AAGGCUGACAGCUGCUGUCGUUCUGUGUUGGCAACUCAUUGAAAGUUUGAAGAUUUUCCUUAACACUCAAUUCUAAAAGUUGAUAGUAUUUUGCAAAACGCAUGUAUAUUACUCUGUGGUGGUCAGUCUUAGCUUAUCCUAUUUUUUUCUUUCUUGAACAAAAAUACGAACUCUUGGUUUUAAAAUAAAUUAGCAAUCUGAUAUUAUAAAAGUUGACAGUACUAAUGUUUAGUAAUAAUGUAUAGGCACUGCCUGGAUAAUUUACUACAGUUAACCACUGCACUGCCAAACAUUCCAUGGGCUAUUGAAUUAAAAUUACACAUUUUGAGAAGCAAAAUAAAGAUACCGGAAUACAGUUUAGCUGUGUUAAUAAUGUUGGCAGGGUAAAGUGGGCUCUAGAACUUUAAGCUAGUGAUGGAAAAAAGCGAAAAUAAUUAUGUUCAGUUAGAAAAGAAAGAUUUAACUGAUAACUAUUAGUACAGCACUGUCUAAUAAAGUGCUGUUACCAAUUUGAAUUAUUCAUACUGAGGAAAAUCUGUUUCUAAAAGUCAAAAGAGUGUGCCAGUAGUGUACAUCUUUUUCUUCCUCUUUCCACCUCAAUGAAUCUUGCCCCUGCAUUCAUCUCUUUUGUGCAGUCUUGGGUUAGAGCUUGCCUUCCUUCUCACAUUGGAAGAAUCCUUGCGAGAAGAAAAUGUAAAUUCUUUUCUAAUAUCUUCUAAUAUGAUAUCUAAUACCUGUGCUUUUUCACUGGCCUUUUUCUUUCUAAUUUUGAAAUAUACUGAAGCUCUAGAGCACCUUCAGACUUCCUAUUUCUUUCCUUCCUUUCAUAACUAAACUCUACAAAACUUCAUGUCUUGCUUCCAUUUUCUCUUCAUCAAUUCUUUCAUCUACUGCAUGGUAUUUACUUUCACUACAAAAAAUAUACUUCUCUGGUCAUUUCCAGUGACCAUCACAGACAAAAUAUAUUUCUUUGAUUUUCAUCUUUUUAAACCAUUCUGCUGUACUUGUCACAGUUGAUUAGAUCCACUUUCUUGACAUUCUUUCUACUUUGACUUUCAUAACACUGUUUUUCUCUCACCUCACUGACCGUUUUUCUCUUUUAAUGAAGCUUCUUCCAUGGGUUGGCUUGAAGUGCUCUCCUUGACCUUUGCAUUUCCCACUUUAUCCUUACUCCUUGGAAAGCUCAGUGUCACAGGUUCAAUUAUGACUUCCUGCUAAAGAUUCCAAUCUGCAUUCCAGCUCUGACCUGCCUCUUGUUUUUUUCAGUACUGAUCAUUCGCUUUCAAGAUAUUCGACAUUCCAUUUAAAGAUGUUAACCAUCAUUUUGAAAUUUAACAUGUUAAAUAAAUAUAUAUCUUCACUAACAAUUUUGUCAUUCAUGUUAUCAGUGGUAACCAUCUUUUGACUAUCAGGUUUAUAAUCUUAAAGUUGUCUUUUACCAAUAAAUCCACCCAUUAUGUAAGUAAAGAAAUAUUACCAGUCUUCCAGGAUGUUGAACUUUCAUAUCCACAACUCUCACUCCAGGAUUGAACAGUCUCCUAAUCUCUAACUGUUCCACUUUAGGUAUCUAAGACAGGGGUCAGUAAACUAUAGCCCAUAGGCUAAGUCUGGCCUGCUACCUGUUUUUUAUGUCCUAUGCGCCAUACUCAUUGGCACACAGCCACACUCAUUUAUGUAUUGUCUGUGACUACUUAAUGCUACAGUGACAAAGUUGAGUAGUUGUGACAGAAACCACAUAAACACAAAAACCACAAAUAAAUCAGGCAAAGCCUAAGUAAUUUACCAUCUGUUCCUUUACAGAAAAAGGUUUGCUGGCCCCUGCUCUAUUUCCUUAACUUGGUUUUCAAGGUCACCCAUUGGCUUUCUGUACCUUUCUGUAUAAGUCCCUUUGCUCUGACUUGUCACAUGAACCCUAUUAAUUCCUGCCUCAUCUAGCUCAUCUUCUUACCACCCUACCCAUUCAUCCUAUACAUUGCUCGAGGCUCAACUGGAGGUUUUUCUUCUCUAAGACCCUUUAGUUGUAUAAUUUCAUUCUGUUGAUCUUUUCAUUAUUUUGAACUAAGUCCUCUUAAGUUUUUUUAGUAUGUACCAUAUUUUUAGGCACUUGUGUAUAUUUUGUUUUGUUCUUUAGACUUUCCAUUUGCACAUGCACUGUAAACUCCUUGCAUACGGGGUCCCUGUCUUCCUUUCAUUUGAGUACUUAGAGGUGGCAGUCCAUUUUGGUGACUCAUCCUUAGAGUGGCCUUGCAUAUAGAGAAUGUUUAGAAACACCUUUUUUUUUUAAACUUGCUUACCUUCUCUAAUGGGAAUAUAGGUAGCUAAUGCAGUUAAUGUUCUGUGUUUUUAGUCACUUACCCAGCAUUUAAGUCGUUAUCUGGUUAGUAAACAUUGUAAUGUGAAAUACUGCUUUAUUAUCUGUGGACCCCAGUUUCCUUCCCUGUCCUUUUGCCUUGGAGAUUACAUGGGAGAUUCUAAGCAGGAGCCAUGGAAAUUAAGUCAGUACUUAUGUCCACAGAAACCAGAAAAGGGUUAUUUGAAUGUGUGUUGGGCUACACUGCACCGUGCCAAGUUCUCAUACAGGUUAAUUCAAGAAAACACCAAUUUGUUGCCCUGAAUGUGACAUAGUUAAGUAAUACGCAGAGUAGAAAAGCAGAAAAAAAUUGAGGAACAAAAUUUUGAGAGAGUAGAGUCAUGGUUCUUUAUGUCAACCCAAACAGGACUAUAUUUAGCAUUAAAAACUAGCAGAGGUGAACAUUAUCCUUAGUCUAAAACCAGGUCAUGAUAGUAAGUAAAUUGCAAAUACUGUUUUCUCAAGUACCUUUCUAAUUUGUAUCUUAGAAGGUUCUGUACCUAUAAAUGCAUGUUCGUAGACUUGAAUUGAUUGUUUCUUAGAAAUCUGAUGUUAAAUUUAGAGGUAAAUACCUCAGAUUCCAUCUCAAGCCAUUGCACAUUUUUCAAGACUAAGAAAUUGGGAUGGCUAUCCAGGUGGGAACACAAAAAGCUUCAGGAAUAAUUGUAAUAUCAUCCAGCUGCUAUUUAUGGAGCACUGCCCAUGUGCCAGCAUGCUAUGGGUGCCUUACAUGUAUUAUGCAUAAUCUUCACAAAAACAUUCAAAGUAGGCAGAGAUGAGAACACUGGAGUUCAGAAAAGUGAAUAAUUUGCCCAAGUUCACACUACUCUUAAGUGAUGCAGCAGGAUGAGAACCUCACUUUUUUUCUUUACUUCCUAUUCUGUACUAUUCUGGAAGAAUACUUAGUAAAGAUCAUUUAAGGGAAGGGCUGGAUGCAGGCACAACACAACAGUGGCAGGAAAAAGGCUGCGUGCAAGAAAUAGUUAAGUGUUUGGGGGCAGAGAGUAACAGUCAUCAGUUUCCUACCAGAAGGAGGACCCACCCAGUGUCCCAACUGAUGCAUCUUAAUUUCUGAUUUCCCAAAUACUGAGCACAACUGGCAAGCACUUGUAUAGUAUCGUCUGCGUAACUUAAGUUUUUUUUCUCACAUCUGUGUUUCAGAUUAAACCCUUUACAUAAUAUUGGUUAAAAAAAAGAAAAGCCCUGCAGGAGCAGUGGCGGCCCUUUUUUAUGAAGGGAAGGAAUAUAUAGAUGGUUCAUCCAUAAACUGACACGGAAAUCGCUUUGUGCUUUCCUUUAACCUGAGUUUCAGGUUUAGCUGUGCCUUCCAGUGACUCUAACGACAGAGAAGCUGUAAAUGGAUUUGAGUUCAGUUCUUGCAAGAAGUGAAUAUCUGGCACAGAAAAGCAUUUUUUUAAAUAAAAAGGGUAGAAAAAGCAAAUUAAAGUCUAUUCUUUAAUAACCCAAUGUAAGUAAACAUCAUUCCUUAUUGUCAGAUUUACGUUUUAGCAUCUCAGAGGCAUUGCUAAUGCCUGUUUCUGAAAUGAGAUUGCUGAUUCCAAAACAAAACAAAACAAAACAAAACAAAAUCUCAGUAUGUAGAAAAUUCUCCUAACCUCUUCCUCUCCUUUUAAUUGUGAUGUUACGAUAUAAUUUACAGGGUAAGAUAGAAAUGUAUCUCUUGAGGAAAUUGUAAACAUACUUUAUAUUUUGUCACUAAUGGAGCUUCAGGCAGAAGGAUUCUUUUCUCUAUAAUCAAGUAUCAUUUAGAAAAUGAUAAUAAGAAGUUCCUUAAAGUGUUCUCAAUGGUACAAACCAACCUUCCCACACUUUUUUUCCUGGAAUAGUUGCUUAAUUAUGGUGAUUCAAAACGAGGCAGUUUGGUUUAUCAUUGAUAUUUGUUUUUUCUUUUCAUGGGGUCUGGUCUUGUGGUCCAAGUGACAGCACUUAGCUGUCUAGGCAUGUCUACAUUUGCCCCUCCCUUAAGGAGCAUGAGAAGUGCAGAUGAGGGGUCCAGAGAUGAUUUCUCUGGGCUCCUGGCUGGAGGACUCAGAACACUGUUUCCUUUGCAGAGGCUGGAGGCCCAGCUGUGCAACAGCUGAGAGCAAUGGGGCUGUGCAGCCCUGGGUCACCACAGCUCAGUUCUCUGAUUCAGCUUUUCCUCUCCUUCCCUACACCAGCCCCAAGCAUCAGUGAUAUAAUAGUGUGAGGUUGGUGACAUGUUGAGGGCUGCAGUGAUUGGUGUAUUCCUUAUUUAGGAGUCUUUCUGAAUGCAUCUAUAUGAAAAUUAUAGAGAGGGUAGAAUCAUGAUUCUUUAUGUCAACAAAAAGUGAUACCAGUUCAAAAAAAAAAAACCACACACACUAGAUUGAAAGUAGCAAUAACUGCAUUCUGCUGUCUUCCCCUGACCUUGAAAAAGAAAGAAAGAAAUGAAUUGUUAAACAACGAAUUGUUAAAAUGUCUCCAGGAGGAAGUAGGAGAGCUGAGGCAAGGUAAAGUGUCCAUCCCUAACUUCUCUGCUGUUUUCUGUGAACCUGGGGUAACGUGUUUCCUAGAGCUGUUGUGGGGAUGAGCUAAGCCGCGUGAAGUGUUCUGAACUCAUAAAGGAAUGAUGUUAAAGUGAUAAAACACCAUGCUGUUAUUACAGCAAAGGUAGUGAGGAGAAGACAGAUCUACAUUUUCUUCCUUAAUCUUCCAAUCUUUCCAGAUGCUGGCAGGUCUUUUUGAGUUCCCUCUCUGUUCCUUAGGUUGGAGUGGUGGGGGGUUCCAUGCUUGGGUGCAGGACGAAUGCCUUCUACCCUCUGACCCUAUGUUCAUCAGGAAGGCCUUUAUAGGCAGCCCCUCUUGGUUGGGGGUGAAUGUGACACCCAGUGCAUAGUGCUAGGGGAACGCGAGAUCUCCAGCUAGAAGAAGGCGUCUCUCCUGUGCAGGCCAAGGAGGGGCAGCCAUGGACUGUGUGCCCCUUCAGGGCUUGCCUGCUGCUCCUUCACAGAACCCACCGCUGGGUGCCCAGGCUCCUCUGAUCACCCUCUAUGAGAAAGGAAAGUGAAUCCAGAGAGGCCAGUGCUUCCAAUCACACUCGUGGAGUCCAGCCGACUGGCGACGCCUUUUGGAGCAGUCUCGUGGGAGCGCAGUCGCUCCUGCCUGGUCGGCCAUGUCUUUCAGUGCCACCAUUCUCUUCUCCCCUCCCAGUGGCAGCGAGGCCAGAUGCUGCUGCUGUGCCUGUAAGAGUGAGACCAGUGGGGGCAGCACAGGCUCCCAAGGUGGGAAUCCCCCUCCCGGCACCCCCAUCACAGUGACUGGACAUGGCCUGGCAGUUCAGAGUUCAGAGCAGCUCCUGCAUAUCAUUUACCAGCGGGUAGAUAAGGCAGUGGGUCUGGCUGAGACUGCUCUGGGUCUUGCCAGGGCCAACAACGAAUUGUUAAAACGUCUCCAGGAGGAAGUAGGGGAGCUGAGGCAAGGUAAAGUGUCCAUCCCUGACGAAGAUGGGGAAAGCCGGGUCCAUGGUUCCCCACCCGAGGAGCCUGGGCCCCUCAAGGAGAGUCCCGGGGAAGCCUGCAAGGCUGUGCCUGCCUUGGAAGAGGAGUGUGACAGCGUGGGCAGUGGCCUGCAGGUGGUGAUUGAGGAGCUGUGGCCGCCAGGAGCAGCCUCCACUGUGGGGCCGGGGCCCUUGGGCUUCCCAGCCGCCCAGAGAGACCUGCGGCUCCCAGGAUGUGGCCUGGCCGCCAGCGAUGGGGCCGCAAUGCUCAAUCCCCUGGUGGAUGAUUAUGUGGCCUCUGAGGGCGCUGUUCAGCGGGUGCUGGUCCCUGCUUAUGCCAAGCAGCUCUCACCAGCCACACAACUGGCUAUCCAGCGGGCAACCUCAGAGACGGGGCCAGAAAAUGGAACCAAGCUGCCACCCCCCCGCCCCGAGGACAUGCUCAGUGCUGCGGCUGCGCUGGACGGUGCCUUGGAAGAGUCAGGCCCUGGGGGACCUGGGGAGCUGAGACCCUCUCUAGGGUUUAUGGCUUCCCCAUGCAGGACCAGAGGGAGUGGGCAGAAGAACUCCAGGCGCAAGCGGGAUCUGGUACUCUCUAAAUUGGUCCACAAUGUGCAUAACCACAUCACCAAUGACAAGAGAUUCAAUGGGUCUGAAAGCAUCAAGUCCUCUUGGAAUAUUUCAGUAGUGAAGUUCCUUCUGGAAAAGCUCAAGCAGGAGCUGGUGACCAGUCCUCACAAUUACACUGAUAAGGAGCUGAAAGGAGCCUGUGUAGCCUACUUCCUCACCAAGAGGCGUGAGUACCGCAACUCCCUGAACCCCUUUAAAGGCCUGAAGGAGAAGGAGGAAAAGAAACUUCGAAGUCGCAGAUACCGGCUUUUUGCCAACCGAUCCAGUAUCAUGAGGCAUUUUGGACCUGAGGACCAAUGCCUGUGGAAGGCUGUGACAGAGGAGCUGAUGUCAGAUGAAGAGGACAGCCUUAAUGAGCCAGGCGUCUGGGUGGCCCGGCCUCCCCGCUUCCGGGCCCAGCACCUCACGGAGCUCUGCUACCACCUGGAUGCCAACUCUAAGCAUGGCACUAAAGCCAACCGUGUGUAUGGGCCUCCCUCAGACCGAUUACCUUCUGCUGAGGCCCAGCUUCUUCCACCAGAACUUUAUAAUCCUAAUUUCCAAGAAGAAGAAGAUGAGGGAGGUGAAGAGAAUGGGCCUGUCUCCCCAUCCUUUGACCAACCCCACAAAACCUGCUGUUCUGACUUGAACUCGUUCAUUGAGGUCAAGGUAGAAAAGGAUGAGUGAAGUGGAACCAAGAAUAACUCUGGCUUCUGCCACGCCCUGUGUCCCAGAAAUGGGUGGUUGUGGGGCUUCCCGGAAUAAUGAGAUGUCUCUUGCAGUCUGAGAAAGCAGGUCUGCCUUUCUUCUGAACACAGCCCCCACUGGAAGUGGAAGCUGCCAGCUCUGGUGGGAUUAAAGGACUUACCCGGAAAGGGGAAACUCUGCCCCCCACCCCCCACCGUGAGUGGCAAGCCAGAAAAUGCUUAGUCUUAAGCAUAAACAGUGCCUCGGAGGAGUCUGGGAUCUGAAAAGGAAGAAGAUGGGUCCAAGAAACAUCAGGCCCUGACAUAUGCUCAGGUCUCUGAGUUGUGUUUCUUUCCAGCUGCACUCAAAGUUCUGGGGACGCAGCCCUGUUUGCGCCUUCUGCUUCCCCACGACUGGUGGUCUAGCUCUGCGGAGGCCGCAGCCCCGGACCAUCCAGGGUAAUGCUGCCCCCUGGUGGGCAGUUUCGGUCAUAAGCUUGAUUCUCCCGAGCAGGACACAAGCUGCAUCCCUAUUUGGUAAUUGGGAUAUAGAUAUAAUAGCUAUUGCUUAUUGAAUUAUAUAAGGCAGAUUUUAUUAUUUUAUCAUCUUACGCAUGAGGAGAUUAAAGCUUAAAGAGUUUCCAUGUCUCACCAGCAGCUGCUCUCCCAUUGUGUGACCAAGCCAUAUAUAGGGUUUUGUAGCUAUUUCUUCAUCCUGUCAGCCAAGCUGUAUUUUGAGGAAAGGUAUGUAUGUAUGUGUAUACACACACAUAUACACACACACACUCAAAAACAAAAUUUGUACAUUUUGAAUGGGUUGAGAAGUAAAAAUGGCUUUCUGUUCAUUUAGUCAUACAAUACAUAUUGAUUGCUUAUGAGGUAAUGCUGUGGAUACACUACUGAUCAGGUUAGAUGCUGAUCAGGGGUCUUACUGUCUAGUCAGGGAGCCAGGAGAUUAAGCAGACAAUGAAAUGAACGGUGAUAAAGGAUCAUGACGGGAAUGUAGGGUGUGAUGGCAGCAUGUAGCAAGGGCAGCUGGCCUACCCUCGUGGUCUGGAAAGGCUUCUCAGAGUGGUAUUUAAACUGCUACCUGAAUGAUGGGGAGGAGUUAACUAGAAGGGAAAGGGAGGCCAGGAGAGUGUUCCAAAUAUAGGGAAUAGCAGUACAAAAGUUCAGGAGGCAAGAAAGAGCAGAGACAAGGUGCCAACCGACUGCAGAAAAGUUUGAGGAGGGGAUGGUGUUGAGAAGAUGCUGGAGAGACAGACCUUGUAAAGUAUCUUAGAGAUAGACUUUAGUUCAAGGGCAGUGAGAAAUCAUUGAAAAUUUUUAAGCAGGGAAACCAGUUGAUCAGUUUUGUGUUUUAGAGGAAUCACUAGACCUCAGGGUCUAAGAUGGCUUGGGCUUGGAGGGAGGAAGCCUCUUCAGGGAGACUUUAACAGUGGCUUGGGAGAGAAAAGAUGGUGGCCUAACAUGGUGGUAAGGAGGGCAGGAAGAUUUGAAAAAUAUUUAGGAAGCAGAAUGGAUGGGUCUUGGUGAUAGGACUUAGUUGGAUUUGAGAUUAAGGGAAGAGGAUGUCAGGUCAAUGUUCAGGUCUCAGGCUUGAGCAGCUGAGUGGUUAUGGUGCCAUUUUGAGGCUAGUGGGUGUGAUGCAGAUGGUACACUGGGAGAGCCCAUCCUCUGAAGACCGAUUCCCACCCUCCCGUCGAGUGGUGUUAGGGCAGAAGAAAAGGGCUGAAGACCACUGCUCUAGAGGACCCUGCUCUUUGCCCCCCACCCCUCUUUUCCCUCCCUUUCAGGAGCCGGUGUAACCUACUUCCUCACCAAGAGGCAUGAGUACCGCAACUCCCUGAACCCCUUUAAAGGCCUGAAGGAGAAAGAGGAAAAGAAACUUCGAAGUCACAGAUACCUUGUAGAUUUCUAGGCCUUUUUCUCAAGAUGCUGAACUCUGAAUAAGCCACAGUGGGAAGGGCCAGAGGACUUGGCAUCUGAGAAUAGAGUUGGAAGAGCCAGUUUAGGGAGGCAGGAGAAGUCUGUUUGAGGUGUUGCAUGCCUUUGAGAAAACCAAGUGGAGAUGCUAGUAAUCAGCUGACUUUUUAAGUCCAAGGAAGCCUGGGCUAGAAAUGGGAAUUUAGGAGUCAUCUGUGCAUAUAGAUCUUAAUUACAGUCUGGAGAAUAGGGCCUGUGGAACUCCUCACUCCAGUUCAGACUCUGGAGUGUGACCCUGAGGUGGUGAGCACUACUGGAGCAUGCCUGACCAGUGCAUCCCUCUCCUCCUUCACUUGUCUCUGCUUCCUGUUACCCCCAAAUACAGAGAUUGUUGAUCCCAA